GCAAAUUGUAUUCCAUUACCACCUUCGCGCCCUGAUACGGUCCCCGUCUCGCAUACUGCCAUGGCGAGCGAUCAGAGCGAAAAGCCAGCCGUGCUGAUUGUUGGAGGACUCGGGUUCAUCGGUCGUCAUCUGGCACUUUACAUACAUGAAAACAACUUAGCAUCGGAAGUGAGACUCGUCGACAAAGUCCUUCCUCAACUGGCUUGGUUAGCCCCUGAAUUCCAGGAGGCUUGCUCGAAAGAUAAAUUCGUUCAAGCAGAUGCUAGUCGGGAACAGCACUUCCCGCGUGUCUUCGAUCGGGCCAACGGCAAACAAUUUGACUACGUAAUCAACUGUGGAGGCGAGACAAGGCACUCACAACCCGACGAUGUAUAUGAGCUUCGCAAUUACAAUCUCACCGUGGCAUUAGCUCGUGAGGUGGCCCGUCGAGGAAUCCGUUCUUAUGUCGAAUGCUCCACCGCCCACGUUUAUAAGUCCGCGUCAUCGCCACGGAAGGAGGACGACAAGCUCCAGCCAUGGCAUAAGCUGGCAAAGUGGAAGAUGAAAGCUAGCGACGAAAUUAGCAAAGUCCCAGGCCUCAACUACUGCUUAUUACGCCUGCCACAUGUCUACGGAGAAUAUUGCUCGGGCUUUUUCGCCAUGGGAGUAUGCCUCGCACGAGUACAUCUUGAAAUGGAGAAGGACCUAGAGCUUCUUUAUACCGGAGACGUCAAGAUGAACACCCUUUACGUCAAAGAUGCAGCCAGUGCCCUGUGGAAGUCUGCCGAGUGGAGGGCAACCGCUCCGACGGACGGCUCGGCCCCCACUGCCUUCAAUGUGGUCGACCACGGCAAUACUCGUCAGCAGGACAUUGCUGAUGCGCUAUCUACUAUAUUUGGUCUCAAGUGCUCAUUCCUGGGAUCGCUGGUCUCGCAGUUUGCCAAGCUCAACCUUGACGAUGUGAUAGACGACAUGAACGAGGAAUGCCUGCAGGUCUGGGCGGAAUUGAUGGAACUGAAAAAGAUUGAACGGCCAGGCCCGAUCAGCCCGUUCCUAGAGAGGGACGUAUUCAAGGACCAAGACAUGUCCCUUGACGGCACCCUUUUUGAGAAAACAACCGGCUGGAGACCCACUCGGGAACGCUUCGAUGCGGACGGCGUGCGGGAUAUGGUAGAGAGCUACAAACGGAUGGGCUGGUGGCCAUAG